GUCAGUCGUCUGAAGACGCCCCGCCGGGACGCGGACGGUAAAUGGCAAGAAGAGGUGGCGCUCGGGUGGACAUGUCACCUGGAGGAGGAGGAGGAGGCCGGCUUGGAGCAGGAAGAUUCCCCAAGGAUUCUUUUGUGAUCCUUUGAAAAUCUGUCAUCACGUCCAUCUAGAUGUCGUCCACGUCUUCAAAAAAGGGUCCUGCUGAUGAUUCUCUUUAGCUUGGGAAGGAGGGAAAGAAAAAUCACACACCCAGGUCUGUCGGCAUGGAUAAUCAGGACAAGGCACCAACUGAGGCGCCUCCCACAGACCUCAUUCAAUUUGUUGAAGACAUCACACAAAACACUGAUAAUGGCGACUUGGUGAUGGACAGCAUUCCUGAGCAGGACAAGUCAGACGUGGAGAGUGUCGGACGGAUGUUUGAGCACUGUAUUGACCGGGUGUCUCGUUUGGAGAUGCGGAGGGAAGAGCUGAUUCAAGAGUUCCUGUUUCUGCAGGAGCCCAUGAAGCGUGCUGUGGAUCAUCUGAGGGGAAAGCUGGCGGUAGAGCGGAGACUGGUUACUCUGGCUCAGGUGGAUCACAUGGAUGUGUUUGAGGACGUGCAGAAAGUGAAGAGGAAACUCUUUAACACUGCCAGAGCCUGCAUCCACAGCCAGGUGACGCUCGCUGAACAGGAGUACAAAGUAGCUCAAGCGGCUAUUACAAAGUCUGCAGGUAACAAAGUUCACGCCCUAGUUGAGAUCUGCAUUGUUGGUUUGCAGUUGUGUGUUAAUAGCUGCAUGCCAAGGCUGAGCAUUAUUAUCUUGGACGAGCUCAAAGCCAAAGUCCAAUGCCUGAAAGAGGAGUUGCUUCGACUCCAGGAGUCCCACCAAAACCAUCUCAGCUCUUUGAGGGAUUUGGCCAAGAAGCCCCGCAGGCCGAGAACCAUGAGCGAUGUCGGCCUGUGUCGUCAAGCCUCUGUCAAUCUACAGCGCCGGCUGAGCGUCAGCAUACAGGACUUGGAGGGCUGGUACGAGCCCCGACUCGUAGCACUGCUCAAGAGGAGGCAGUUUGGAGAGAAGGCCUUGAGAGUGAGCAAUGAGCAGCUAGGGAGUUUAAGGACCCAAGUGGACCCCCUAAAACAAAAAGUACAAAAACUGGAGGGGCAGAGGUCCUGUCUCGAGCAAAGGCUCAACAUGAUGCAGCAGGAGAGGGAGGAGAUGAUCACACAAUACAAGGAGGCUGAAGAUGAACUAAAAGAGGCUCUGAGGAGACGAAUGCUGGACUUUGAGAUUCAACUCAGACAUAAAAGAGAUUUGGAGGCUCUCACAAAUGAUAUUUUAGAAGAGAUUGCACGUCUCAGAAGUCUAAUAUGUUCGUUCUAGAGUCUGUGAUGAAGCUCCUGCAGAAGAACAGAGGAUUCUACUUCCUGUCAGUCCAACGAAAGCUAAACACCUUCGCA